ACUAACCUCACUUUCUCACGACAUUUACAACUCUGUCGUCUAUAUUUAUUACCGAAUUGAUGAAUUAUGUUGUGCAGUCCUGUAUUUUUUGAGCUUUUUUUAUAAUUCUGCUAUUUACCAGCUAAUAUUAGAUGGCGUUUCCUCAGCCCAACGCUCAAAGAGAAUUAACGAAUAGGAAGAUUUUGGAGGAGUUGCAGUUGAAAAAACAAAUGCUUUUGAAGCAAGCUGCCGUGGCACCUCUCACCGCCACCACGAUCAGCCUGACGCAGCCCAGUCCCGCCGGCUCACUGCCUAUGUGCUCUAUCCCACCAGUGUCUGCUACCGCUGGUUUCCCACAACUUCCCGAAGCAAAUAUAAUAAACACAAGCCACCGAGCCGCAUUACAGCACGCCAACGCCACAUCCUGUGGCUUCUUCGUCUCCCAAGACUCUUCAUUCGGAAACCAAAUCCUACCCGUACUGCCAAGGUUUGACAACAAGUGA